AAUCUCUUCUUCUCUAAAUAGAAGUGAAUCUAAUUUAAUUUUCAUCUUUAUCGUUAAAAAGUUAGAAUAUGGGGGAAAGAUAUAACAUUCACAGUCAGUUGGAACAUUUGCAAUCAAAGUACAUUGGGACAGGGCAUGCCGACACAACCAAAUUUGAGUGGCUUGUGAAUCAGCAUCGUGAUUCGUGCAGUUCUUAUAUGGGACAUUAUGAUCUAUUAAAUUUCUUCGCUAUUGCCGAAAACGAAGCGAAAGCCCGCGUUCGAUUCAACCUUAUGGAGAAAAUGUUACAGCCCUGCGGCCCGCCUCCAGAAAAGCCAGAAGAUUAAGUU